AUGGACUUUCUGAAAGUUUCAGACAAGACAACAGUUCCAUGUAGAAGUGAUUCUAUGUUUGGUUUGAAUCAGCAACAAUACAAAGAGUCAUCUUUUGGAUUCAGAGACAUGGAGAUUCAUCCUCAUCCUCAUCAUGCCAUUACUCCUUACUCAGGAAACGGAGUUUUGGGUUGGUAUUACUAUUACCCUUUCACAAACGCACAACUAAAGGAGCUUGAGAGACAAGCGAUGAUCUACAAGUACAUGAUCGCAUCUAUUCCAGUUCCUUUCGAUCUCCUUGUAUCGUCAUCUUCCUCUACUACUCCAUGUAACAAUAAAAACAUCGUCGGAGAUCUAGAGCCCGGAAGAUGCAGGAGAACAGACGGAAAAAAAUGGAGAUGCGCUAAAGAAGUCGUCUCUAAUCACAAAUACUGUGAGAGACACUUACACAGAGGCCGUCCUCGUUCAAGAAAGCAUGUGGAACCUCCUUAUUCUCGCCCUAACAACAAUGGUGGUUCUGUUAAAAACAGAGAUCUCAAAACUCUCCCUCAAAAGCUAUCUAGUAGUUCCGUAAAAGACAAGAUACUUGAGCCACUGGAGGUUUCUUCAUCCCUCUCAAACUACAUAGAGUCAAGAGGAAGCGAGAUGUUUCCUGUACCGGCAGAAACAGAACAAGAGAACAAGUAUCUAAAUUUCAUCGAUGUCUGGUCAGAUGGAGUAAGAUCAUCAGAGAAACAGAGUACAACAACUUCAACACCUACACCUGUUUCUUCAUCCAAUGGCAAUCUCUCUUUGUACUCGCUUGAUCUUUCAAUGGGAGCAAACAACUUAAUGGGCCAAGACGAAAUGGGCCUGAUCCAAAUGGGGUUAGGGGUAAUCGGGUCGAGUCGUGAGGAUCAUCACGGGUAUGGUCCUUAUGGUGUGUCUGCUUCACUAGAGGAGAUGUCUAGCUGGCUUGCUCCGAUGUCUACCUUGCCUGGCGGACCAUUAGCGGAGAUACUAAGGCCGAGUGCGAAUUUGGCAAUCUCCGGCGAUAUUGAGUCGUAUAGCUUGACGGCGACUCCAAGCUCGUCGCCGUCUAGAGUGGUGAAGAAGACGAUAACUAGUUCAGUGUCCGACGAGAGCAGCCAGAUUUAGAGAUUAUGGAGUUUCGUAAUAACGACUUUUUUUUGUGUUUUUUUGGCCUUUCUUUAAUUUUGUGCCUGUAAAACUGUAAACAGUCACUUUGAUUAAUUAUGGAGUUAUAUUCGAUCAAUGCUGUUUUAGUGAA